CAUUAAGUAUUAAUUAUGACCAAGAAUAUACAAAUUUAUGGAGCAGUGAAUUAAACAUACCUCAGGUCAAAAUGACCUUGGAAUUGGACUAAUACAGUGUAAUGUACGGAUACUAAUUCUAAUAUGAAUGGGAGUUUGACAGACGCCUGGUGGGACGAUGAACAAACGCCAGGAGAUGGCUCUAUCGAUUGGGGUAAUGCCGUCGGCAACCAUCAGAACUGGACGACAUCGGAAGAAACUUUCACCGAUGUUGUCGCUGUCGGAAACGUUGUCAUCGACACCAACUACACACUUGACUUCAACGCGUCAGACGAGAGCGAUGUCGCGUGGCAGCUACUUCAAAAACGCGCUCCCUUGGCAGUCUUGCUCCUGCUAUUCUCGGUUGCUACAGUUUUCGGUAACAUGCUCGUAAUUCUCGCCGUCAUCAGAGAGAGAUACCUGCAUACUGCCACCAACUACUUCAUCACGUCACUGGCAGUCGCCGAUUGCUUGGUUGGUCUUGUCGUAAUGCCAUUCAGUGCGGUGUAUGAGGUCCUAGAAAACAGAUGGUUCUUUGGUAUGGACUGGUGUGACGUAUGGAGGUCACUGGAUGUCUUGUUCAGUACAGCUUCUAUUCUUAAUCUUUGUGUGAUUUCUCUUGACCGCUAUUGGGCAAUUACUGAUCCAUUUACUUACCCUUCCAAGAUGAGUGUGAAGAGGACGGCUGUACUCAUUGCCGCCGUCUGGGUCUGUUCUGGUGCGAUCUCGUUCCCCGCUAUCGUCUGGUGGCGCGCAGUACGCACCGAGGCUGUACCCGAAUUCAAAUGCCCCUUCACGGAUCAUCUCGGGUACCUGGUGUUUUCGUCAACUAUCUCAUUUUAUCUUCCAUUGUUUGUGAUGGUGUUUACGUAUUAUAGGAUCUAUCGAGCUGCAGUUAUCCAGACUAGAUCCUUGAAACUAGGCACAAAGCAAGUCAUGAUGGCGUCUGGAGAACAUGAGCUAACUCUCAGGAUUCACAGAGGCGGAAACAAUGCGGGAUCAUCGAACAGCGGUAGCAAUGUCAUGGAUGACAGACAUAUGUACAGUACCGGAAGUAGUGGGACACCUGAUGAAAUCUCAGGUGAAAUUAUAGACGCUACCGAAACUCUGUCACCACCCCAUCAUCACCGUCACCAUUAUCACCACCAUCAUCACCAGAAUAACGGAUUAACAAGACAUUCGUCAAAUAGAAUCAUAUCUGGGAACACGAACAGUAAAAACAUGUCCAAGAACUUCUCUUUGAGUAGGAAACUUGCGAAAUUUGCAAAGGAGAAGAAAGCAGCUAAGACUCUGGGGAUCGUGAUGGGUGUGUUCAUUGUUUGUUGGUUACCGUUCUUCGUGGUGAAUCUGCUGUCUGGCUUCUGUCUGCGCUGUAUCUGGAAUGAGGAGCUGGUAUCUGCAGUAGUGACGUGGUUGGGAUGGAUCAAUUCCAGUAUGAACCCGGUCAUCUAUGCCUGCUGGAGCCGCGAUUUCAGAAGGGCUUUCGUGCGCAUCCUGUGUGUGUGUUGCCCUCGUCGGAUGCGUAGACGUUACCAGCCGGCGCUACGUUCAAAACCCAGCCAGAAAUUCCCGUCAGGGCGAUAUUAUUCAUCGCUGUCCUUUCGACAUCAUCACAUGCACCACCACCGUCCCAGCAGAGAGGACGCAUGCGCAGAGCAGACAUACAUUUAACAAUUGCUCUGACAGUACUAUGGAACCUCGGUGCUGCAGUCAAAUAAACCAGCAGCCAUCAACUAUUCUUCUGUGAAUCAACACGAACUCUACUCAAUGUGACGUCACGCUGUACGACUCGGGUACAGUAGUAGUUCCAGGCUUUCCCACAACCAGUGCUCCACAGUGAUGCCACUACAGCACCAUUUAAAACUCCAACAUCAACACGAGGUUACGUCUCCUCUCAACAGAGGGCAUCGGAGGCUAUCGUAAUUCUCGUCGCUCAGAAUUGUUGUAACUGUGAGUUUGAACAAACAACAACAAAGUGAUUGCCAUGGUAUUUAUUUUAAAUUAAAACUGACUACAUUUUACAUAUCUAGGAGUGUAUUUAAUUUCACGAAGUCAAGAGUUUGAAUAUUUAAUUAGAGGGUUAAUACUUUCAUUAGACGGACUGCUUUUUUCUUUUAUUUCGCUGGUAACAAAUGGUUACAAAAAAAAACAUUAUAUAAAAAUAAACUUCAAUUUGUUAUUUGUAGUGAUACAUUUUACAGAUGUUACGUAAUGUCUCUUGUUUCGUCGUCUCAGCUGCAUAGACGAAGAUGUGUGUUUUGGCCUUGGGAAAAAAAACUAGCAUUCCAGUAGGCCAAUAAAAAUACUAAAUAUGUAACUUACAGAGAACUCUUAUAUAUGCAGUAUAUUAAAGUAUGAAACCGACAGACAACAAUGUCAACACCAUACAUGAAGAUUAUUUCAGUCAGAAAAUUUUAUUAGAGUCGUCUGUUAUGUCUUACAAGUGAAAAGUGUUUCAUUUUAAACACUACAUUAAUGAGGGAUAUUUAACCUUGCUUGCAGAAUCUCUGUUUGGCCUUCUUUUGUUUAUAUUUUCAUGGUAACACGGACAAGUCAACGUGCGGAACAUUAUAAAUGGCUAGCUUAAAUUAUCGUGACACGGCAAGUGAGAUUCCAUUUAUCAGCAGAAGAGAGAUCAGUUUUAUGUCAAUAUUAUGGAAGAGGUUAAUGUUUAAUGCAAGGAUCUAGUCUUAAUCAUUCUGGUACAAAGCCUAUUCUAUUAGGAAUAUACUGUUCAUUCACGAAUAAAUAAAUAAAAUACAAUGAAGAUGGAA